CCUUAUUUCUUGGUAGGGUAUAACAUAUAUAUGUCGUGAAGUGUUGAAUAAAAAGGAUUAUCCGUUAUAUUUAGGGUAUAUGCGUGAAAAGGGAUCUUAGACUAAGUGUAUUUUGACACUAACAAUGAAUAGAAAUGUUAUAAACUAGUCCAGCUCGAUGUACAAACAUACAAAUAUAUAUUUUUAAAAAGAAAAAGAAAAAAAGUAGUUAAUUUAGGAAGCUUUAUACAUAUAUAACCCGCCAAAUGGACAUACUUUUUCAUGAAAAAAAAAACAUAACUUGUUGAACGUUUAUCCUUAUGGAUUCUACUAAUGGAAAUGUUCUAGGGGAUGAAGAAAGUCAGCUUUCUUUUGGAAGCAGUAAUAAAAUUCAACCUACUAUCUCUAUUACACAAAAGCAAGUACCCAGCUCAGAUGAUGAAAAGAAGAAGUAUACUUGUCUCACAAUGGCUGAAAGGCUGGGCUUACCUGACUUCUUCUCUUUGGACGUGUGGCGAGCAUCGGUUGGAGAGCUUUUAGGCUCUGCGGUUCUUGUUUUUAUGUUGGACACCGUAGUGAUUUCCACCCUAGAAAGUGAUGUCAAAAUGCCAAAUUUGAUUAUGUCAAUUCUCAUAGCAAUUACACUCACCAUUCUAAUCCUUGCUGUUUUUCCUGUGUCUGGUGGCCACAUUAGCCCUGUAAUUACCUUCUCCUCAGCACUAGUGGGACUAAUAUCAAUGUCACGAGCCAUAAUUUACAUAGUGGCACAAUGUGUUGGUGCUAUUUUAGGUGCACUAGCACUCAAAGCUGUGUUGAGUAGUACCAUUGAACAAAGAUUCUCUCUUGGUGGUUGUACCGUUACGGUAGUUACGCCUGGGCUCAAUGGGCCUGAAAUUGUGGGCUUGGAGAUAGCCCAAGCAUUUUGGCUUGAGUUUAUGUGUACAUUUGCUUUGCUUUUUGGUUCACUUUGGAUGGCCUAUGAUCAUCGCCAGUCCAAGGCACUUGGGCUUAUUACUGUCAUGUCUAUUGUUGGGCUUCUAGCAGGGAUUCUUGUGUUUAUUUCAACUUCAGUUACUGCUAAAAAGGGCUAUGCUGGAGCUGGAAUGAAUCCAGCUAGGUGCUUUGGAGCUGCUUUUGUUAGAGGAGGCCACCUGUGGAAUGGGCAUUGGAUCUUUUGGGUUGGGCCUGGACUUGCUUGUUUUGCUUUCUACUUCUAUACAAAGAUCAUUCCUUCGGAUCAUUUCCAAACUGAUGGAUACAAGCAUGAUUUCUUAGCGAUAAUCGAGACAUUGUUCAAUCAGAGAUAGUGUAGUAGUAGUUUUUGCAAAUCAUGUACUUAUUGCAAACAAAAUCCCUAUCAGUGGUAAACAUAUAACUUGUAUCCUUGUCAAUUGUUUAGCUA